GAGGGGGGAGCGGUUGGUGUCGGUUGCCAGGGGCUCGGGCGCCAUGUUGCCUCGGAUGGAAGCUGAGCCCAGGUGUCAGGGUCAGGAGUAGCUAUGAGCAGUCCGGUGUUUGGCGGAGCCCCGCGGGAGGGUUGUUCUGAAGGGUCAGUGCGACUCUCGUCACCGGGAGCGGCCGGGGGAUGUGGCGGUAUUAGCGGCAAAUUGAGUUUAGGAGAAUCCGGCAAUCCUAAUAGAAAUGCUCGAUCCAGACGGAAGCUCAUGGACGGCUUGGAGGAAGCAGCAAUAAUGGUGCCGCCAGAGGAUAAGCUUGAACAGGCUGAACAGAGAGCCAAAAUGCACAAAGCCAAUCAAGAGGGAGCAAUUGCUGUGCAGGAACUGGUGCGUUGUGUAUCUCUGGCAAGGAUUACCUAUGGUGAUUUUCACUGGAAGAUGGCACAAGCGCAUGCCAACCUAGCAGAAGGCUACCUGGAAAUCAAAGGACUAGCAUUGCAGGCAAAACAGCACGGAGAGAAGGCUAAAGACAUCAUGUAUACCAAUACUGAACUUCCAAUGUCAGAGGAAGAGAGAGCGGAUAUUCUAAGAUGUUUGAUCAACAUAUUUCACACACUGGGUAGAGCACUAAUGGGCCUUCAGAAUCUGAAGGAGGCCGAGCAAAACUUACUAAAGUCAGAAAAGAUUGCAAAUGAGCUUCGACUUGAGGAGGGAGUGACCCAAGAAGAGAUGAGUGAGGUGGAUGCCAAAAUCUCUUUGUCUUUUGGAAGGUUGUACAUGAAGUCAAAAAAGCCAGCCCAAGCUGUGGAGUGGUACGAAAAAUUGCUUCAACUGGUGAAAUUCAGAAAAGGUGAAAACAGCAUGGAGUGUGUGGGUGUCUAUGAGGACCUGGCAGCCGCAGAGCAAGCCAGAGGGGCCCAGGACAUGAACUUCCACUACUUGCUACUGGCUCGUUCCAUAGUACUGAGCAAUGUUCCCUCUGGACAGGAGGCGGCACAAAUAGCUCAUACUCUGGCAGAGGCCUAUGUUGCAUCCAGGAGGCCUGAGCACUACGAUUUGGCUGAGAGGUACUACAAGGAGAGUCUGAAAUCUUAUCAAACAGCAUUGGGAGCAGAUCACGCAACAUAUCUGUCAAUCCAGGAUAAUUAUUGUCGCUUCCUGGUCUUGAACAAGAAGUAUCCGGAUGCUUUAAGAAUGCUGCAGGAAUCUCUCCCAGCCAAGCUAGCUAUCUUUGGAGAUUUCAGCUCUGAGGUGGCGGAGACAUACGAACUGUUGGGAGGAAUGGAAUUAGCAGAAGGACAUCAGAGAACAGCCUACAACCAGUUUAAAACAUGCCUGGACAUUCAAACACUUCUCUAUGGUUCAAUGCACAAAAAGACCAGAGAGACCCAGCAGAUGGUUCAACUCUUAUCCAAGUCUCCAGAAAUAACUGUGAAAGGUGAGAGGAUGCCAGACGAUUAUUUAAAGCAAAGACGUCCAUUUUGUUCAGUGUUUGGAGGAAUCACAAAUAAUUUCAAUUACACAUAAUCUCGGUUGUGCCAUUUCAAACAACCAGUAAGUGGAUAUUAGGCAUUUUCUACGUGAGAAAUGGUAUAUGAAGCUGUCUAGUCUGUUUUCACGUUAUUAUUAAAGAAAUGUAAUGAUGACAAGCUGUAAUAUGUCUAUAUUAAAUAAAUCAGACUCUGGGCAGUGCAUGUUAUUUAUAUGAUGCCUCCAGUCUUGAAAUUCAAAAAAUGGUGACUGCAUUUGCUUGUCCAUCUAACACUUUUUCUCUUCCUGGUUGCAAGGUCCAUGGACAAUGGUGGUGAGGCUAAAGCUAAUGAUUCCAACACAUAAACAAAGCAUGAUUGUUUUUUGUAAAAAAUAAACAAUUCUUGAA